CUCUGUCUGUCAGUUUUGUGCCAACUCCUCCAGCUUUACAAAUAUGAUAAGACCAAAGUUGCAAGAACUCUCCCUGCACUGUGGUAAUGGUUAACCAGAUAAUUCGUCUAGGGGUGGGAAUAGAAAACUGUCAGAAGUUAUUCUGUCGUCUUUUUUGCGCUUGCCCGCCUUCAAUGAGUUGAAUUCAUUCAUAGCAGGACUCAGAAUGGAGGACACGUCGCAACAAGAGAAACAAGAGUUGGAAUAUAAAAAUCCAAAUGAGGAGGAAGGUGGGAUCCGUCGCCGAUUGCGAGACAGGGACCUUCUCAGGAAGAGAAAGGCCGAAGCAGAAGAGAAGGAAACUAACCAGUGGGUUUUUGGGGUGGAGAGCCAACGGAAAAGAUCAAGAGCUGAGGACAAGAGUGGUGCAAAGAAGAGAGGGAGGCCCAGGAAGACUGAACCCACACCGCAGCUGUCUGCUGUUCAGGAAGAAGUUGAAGCACUUCAGGAAACUCCUGCAGUCGUGGUGGUACCUGAACCCGCUGUGGUCAUUCAGGACCAAAUAACCGGCUCUCUGCCUCCGCUGUUUGGGCUGGAAUCACAACCAGCUUCAAUCCUUGCUGCUCCUGCUCCUGCAGCAGUGUUCGAGUUUGUGCAGAAUUCUGCUCCUGCUUCGACUCUGGCUUUUGCUGCUCCAGUUCCCGUCCAAGAUUCAGCUCCUGCUCCAGAUGCCGUCUUAGUCCCAGCUCAGUCCCUAGACUCUGUUCCAGCUGUAACUCCUGCUCCUCCCUCAGCUCCUCCCCAAGUGGAGACCCUCUAUACAGAGUCACAAGGCAAGGAGGCCCCAGGCCAGGUCCUGAUUGAGGACCCAGAUGAGGAGGAGGACGUCUCUCCAUCACAAGGCAACAAACGCGCUAAUGAAGAUUUGAGUGAAACACUUUCGAUCAACGUGCCUGAACAAAAUAACGUGUACUCAGUUCCAACUGUCUCUGCUCAGCCUAUGGCUCAGGAAUAUUUUCCAGGAAAUUAACUGCAACUUUUUUUCUGAAAUGCACUGUUAAGAUAUUGCUUUAUAUAUACAAAGCCUCGUCACAGUUGGUUUCUGUUUUCUUCUUUUUUUGUGUAGUGUGCACACACAGGAUGAGGCAAGUCAUUGCUUAUUUGAAAGAUGUAUGAAUUCAAACCAAAGCUGUAUGCUUAUUUAUUUUGGUUGCGCUUCACUGCAAAGCUUAUGAUCUUUUUUUUUAUAUACUUUCAAUUUAGUAUGCAACCAGUUUCACUGGCCUUUAUUUAAAAGUUAAGGGUAUAAAUCGCUGGUAAUUAUGUAUUCAUAAUUGUGGAUUUAUUUUUACAGAAUUUUGUAAAAGUUACUAUUCAUCUAAUAAAAGUCAUUUCUGCAUCAUU